CCCCAGCCUCUCCUAAUGAGGCAUAAACUGGAGCUGCAUCCCAGCUCCGCACUACAACUUUCGCUCGGGCUGCAGCUCUGCUGAGACGGUUUUGUUUAAAUCAUGUGAGGCUUCAUUAUUUUUAUGAUGAGACAUGAAAUAGAUGCAGGCGGAAGAUAUUGAUGGCAGGAGGCAGAGCGAGAGGCUGCGGCGCGGAACGUCUCAAGUAUACAAAUGCUCUCAGUCCAGCCAGACACCAAGCCGAAAGGUUGUGCUGGCUGCAACCGAAAGAUCAAGGACCGGUAUCUUCUAAAGGCACUGGACAAAUACUGGCAUGAAGACUGCCUGAAGUGUGCCUGCUGUGACUGUCGCUUGGGAGAGGUGGGCUCCACCCUGUACACUAAAGCUAAUCUUAUCCUUUGUCGCAGAGACUAUCUGAGGCUCUUCGGGGUAACGGGAAACUGUGCUGCCUGUAGUAAGCUCAUCCCUGCCUUUGAGAUGGUGAUGCGUGCCAAGGACAAUGUUUACCACCUGGACUGCUUUGCAUGUCAGCUUUGUAAUCAGAGAUUUUGUGUUGGAGACAAAUUUUUCCUAAAGAAUAAUAUGAUCCUUUGCCAGACAGACUACGAAGAAGGUUUAAUGAAAGAAGGUUAUGCACCCCAGGUUCGCUGAUCUAUCAACAUCACCCCAUUAAGAAUACAAAGCACUACAUUCUUUUAUCUUUUUUGCUCCACAUGUAUAUAAGAAUUGACACAGGAACCUACUGAAUAGCGUAGAUAUAGGAAAACGGGAUGGUUAUAUGGAAUAAAAGGCGGACUGCAUCUGUAUGUAGUUAAAUUGCCCCAGUUCAGAGUUGAAUGUUUAUUAUAAAAGAAAAAAAAGUAAUGUACAUAUUGCUGGAUUUUUUUUGCUUGCUACUUGUUUUUGUGUCACUUGGCAUGAGAUGUUUAUUUUGGACUAUUGUAUAUAAUGUAUUGUAAUAUUUGAAGCACAAAUGUAAUACAGUUUUAUUGUGUUACCAUUUGUGUUCUGUUUGCUUCUUUGUAUUGUUGCAUUUAGUACAAUCAGUGUUUAAACUUACUGUAUAUUUAUGCUUUCUGUAUCUACCAGCUAUUUUAAAUGAGCUGUGACUUUCUAGUAAAGAACUGAAGAGCAAAUCUCACAUGAUGAUACACAUAUAGAUAAAGGCAAGUCAAUCAGCAUUGAAAAAUACUAGAAAAAUGAAGACACACACAUACAAAGCAUUUUACCAACAUCCACAACUUAGUAUCACUACAAUAUAAAGUCUAUCAGUGUUUUCAUUACAAUUCCCUAUUUUCAGGGAGUUAAAGAUCAGCUUUAAAAAAAAUGCUUAAAAAUUUCAUCUCAAAGCACUUUCAUUUUAUAACAACAUGAAAAGUGCCAUUUUUAAAAUAACUUUAAUGCUUAACAGUUAUCUUUUUAAUAUGCUUCCCCUACCCACCCACCCUGUGUUCUUUAUAUAAUGGCUUUGUUUUCAUUUUACAGUCAUCCACCCCUUAUGUGAACUAGUG